AUGUACAUUCUGAUUCUUAUUGUAUUUGUAUUUGGGGAGUGGUAAGUCUACUAUAAUGGUUUUCACUAACCAUCUUAUCUUUAUUGUUCUGACAAUUCUUGCCCCUACUAAUUCAAAAAUAGCGGGACAUAAAAUAGCGCUCUAUAUUCAAAUUGCACCAAUCCAAUAGGAACUGCUUUAAUUUUAAAAUAAUCCUAAACCAUGGCUACUUUAAGUGAAUAAAUCAACAAUUUGAAAGCAAAUGGCAAAAAUCAUAUUUUAAGCUUUGAUGUAUACUUUCUUACUUAGUGGAAUGAAGAUAGCCUGAAAUUGGAGUAUAAAUCUUAGAACUACUAGUUUUAAUUUACUACAUAGAAUCCUUUAUAAUUUAAUUCAGGAGGCUGCAAUUCAAGUUUAUAUCAAGUGAAAACAAUAAGAGUAGCAUUAUAAUAAGUCACUUCUUUAACAAAUUUAAAAUUCAGUAUUGUUAACCAAUAAAGCUUGGCUUUAAUUAAAAAUGUUCAUUUUUCUUAUUACUUGUGUCAUUCUACUUGUAAAACUUGUUCUGGAGAUAAUUAUAAUUAAUGCACAUAUUGCUUUUCAGAUGUUAGCUUAAUUGAUGGUAUAUGUCGAUGUCCAAUCAGAACUGUUUUAUCUGGUGAGCCCCCUUCUUUUUAUAGAUGUUUGAGCUUUUGUCUGCUAGCAGUUCCAGAUAAAAGAGGGAGAUAUUGCAAAGCGUUUGAAAUAUAAUAUGUGCUUUGGCUUUAGCUCAUUACUUAUAGUUAUACAUAAUUAAUUAAAUGGAACAUAAUUUACGAUCCUGCAAAUUUAAGCAGUAAUAAUAAAAAAUUAGGGCCUUAUUUCGGAAUUUUCAAAAAUAAUGAAGGAGCUUAAGUGAGUUUCAGUUCAACUUAAUUUAUCUAUCCUUUGUGUGUAUAAAUUUUUGUUCUAUUUUGUAAUGCCACUCCAAGCAACUCUGGAAUUUCAAUUUAUUUAAAUUCGACAUAUUACUCUUCAUUUUAUUAUAAUGGAAUAAGUUUUGUAAAAGAUAAUAUAGAAGUUUAUGCUUAAAAUACAAUGUCAUAUAGCGGAUGCUAAACAGCAAAUGUGUAUCUAUUGUAAACAAAUCUUUAUGUAGAACAAGGCAGUGUGAAUUUUUCGAUCAAAGGAAAUUUUACGUAAUUAUAAUAAUGAUUAUAGAAAUUCUAAUUCUGGAUGGUAUAUUAUUUAUUCUGUUCUUGCAAGCGCUUAAUGCCCUGCAUUUUGUUUAAAGUGUGAAAGAGCAUAUGAAUGUUCUAUUUGCUAAACUGGAUAUAGGAUCGUUUCAGAUGGAAAAUGUGCCUUAUCUUGCCCCAAAGAUUCAAAAUUUAUAAAUAAUGUUUGCAUUAAAUAUCAUUAAACGACGAAAUGUAUAUAAAUUAAUAUCAUCUUUUUAGAUUCAGAAUAUUUAAUGAGAUUAUUCCUUGAUUUUACUGUUCCUGAUAAUUUAUCUGAAAUCUUUAUUUUAGAAUCCUCAACUAAAAAUGAUUUUUAGAAGGGGGAUUUAAUAUAUUGGUCUUAUAUAUCUUCAAAAGCAGUAUUUGGAGGGUAAUAUGUUUGGGCAACCGCAAAAUUUUCUUAAACAUAUACAAUAGAUAAACCACAUCAUUCAUUAACUAUUUAUUUUGAUGCAAUUUUUGGAUGUAAUUUUUAGAGUGGCGGAGGCUAUUUAAUAUACUCAAUUAAUAAUACAGAAUCUUAAGUGAGUUAGAAUAAAACAGUAACAAUAAAUAUUUCAUAGUAUUCACCUACAUUAUUAAUAACUUUUGAGUGCUUUGGGUUAUAUAAUAAUGUUUAAGACAGAUAUUGUGCCUUAUCUGAUUAUUAAAUAGUUGUACAUUAUUGUAGUCCGUUUUGUUUAGAAUGUACUGAUGAAAGUACUUGCAUUUAGAUGGCUACAAUCGACACUUCAAUUAUUAAAUUAGAUCCAUCUCAAUGUGGUCCUUAAUAAUUUCUAGAUAAUUAGUCUUUUAGAUGUGAGAGUUGUCCAGAAGAAUGUGAAGCUUGUUUUAACGAAUAUGAAUGUACCUAGUGCAUUUAUCCAUAUAAACUAUAUGUUACCAAAUGUAUAUUAACGUGUUCGACUGUGUAAUUUUUUAAUCACCAAACUUAGUUAUGUGAAGGUAUAAAAUAAAAAUAUUUAGACUGCAGUUUUAAAUGUAAAUAAUGUAGAAACUAGAAGGAUUUUUGCAUCCAUUGUGAAGAAUAACAAUAUCGUUAUUUAUACCUAAAUUAAUGCCUAUGUUAUGAUGGAUAUUAUGAUGAUAAUACGGGGGGUAAAUGUUAAGUUUGCAACAAAUUAUGCAAGAAAUGCUAUGGAUCAUCUAAUGGUCAUUGUACUCAAUGCAUUUAUUAUAAAAUAAUUCAAAAAACAUUAUUUUUUUUUAUAAAAUCACACAGUAUAUGGCUGAGAAGCAAAUCAAUAAUAGCUAGAUAAAAUGGAGAAAAAAGGUGAUGUUUGUGAUUGUUAAGAUGGAUAUUAUUUUGAUGAUUCUAAUUUUAAAUGUUCCAAGUGUAAUUAAAAAUGUAAGACUUGUUUUUCAUCUUUUGAUAAUUCCUGCUUAAGCUGUAAUCCAAAUGAAUAUCGAGUUUUAAGGGGACUUUCAUGCAAUUGUUUAUUAGGAUAUUAUGAAGUUAAUGACUUUUGUUAAGCAUGUCCAUUAUAGGAAGAUGUAAAUUUAUAAUACUGUUACAAAAAAUGCGGAGAUGAAAUAAUAAAAUGGCAUAAUUAACCGUGUGACCUAGUUACAUGUUAGUCGGGUUUCUAAAAUGUUGAUAAUUAAUGCAUCUCAAUAUGUGGAGACUUUUUAUUAACAAGUGAUGAAGAAUGUGAAGAUGGGAAUUAAUAAACUAAUGAUGGUUGCACAAAUUGUAAAUUUUAGUGCCCAAAAUAAUGCUUGACCUGUAAUCUUUUAACAGUUUUUCCAUGUCCAGAUAUUUGUGGAGAUGGAAUCACAAGUGGUCUUGAAGAAUGUGAUGAUGGUAAUAAUACUUAAUUUGACGGUUGUUAUCAAUGCAAGUUAGACUGUUAAGUUUAAUGUACAUAAUGUAUACGAGGUUUAUGUUAUUAAUGUUUAACAUAUGGUUGGAUUAUCAACAUUGAUUAAAAGAAAUGUAUUGAGAAUUGUGGAGAUUCAAUAGUUAUAGGAUUGGAAGAGUGCGAUGAUGGGUAUAAUCUGGACUAAAAUGAUAAUUGUUUUUAAUGUAAGAGGCUGUGCAGGAAUGAUUGCAAAACGUGCAGUUCAGAUGGAAAAACUUGUUUGGACUGUAAAGAUGUUGGAUUCAAACCUUAAAGCUAUUUUUGCGUUAAUAUUUGUGGGGAUGGGUACCUUGCAAUUGAUCCAUAUGGAAGAAAUACAGAGGAAUGUGAUGAUUUUAAUAUAAUUGCCAAUGAUGGAUGCAGCUCGACUUGUAAGUUAUAAUGUUAAACUACUGUUUGUUUGACUUGCCAGAGUGGAAAAUGUUUAGAAUGCAUUGAUCAUUAUUACCUUGAUACUUAGAGAAACUAAUGUUUAGAAAAAUGCAAUGAUAAUGUAAAAGUUGGAAAUGAAAAAUGUGAAGAUAUGAAUUCUUUGCUUUAUGAUGGCUGUUAUAACUGUUAAUUCUCCUGUCAACCUAGUUGUUUAAAUUGUCAAAUUAACGGAUGCUUAUAAUGUUAGAUAGGAUUCAGAUUGAUUUAAAAUAAAUGCCAGAAUAUUUGUGGAGAUUAAUUAAUUGUUUCUGGGGAAGAUUGUGAUGACGGUAAUAUAAACCCUUUUGAUGGUUGUCAUUUUUGUUAAUUUCAUUGUGGUCCUAAUUGUUAAGUAUGUUUGUCAGGAAGAUGUUUAAGUUGUUAAUUAGGAUUCAAAAUAUUUAAUGGAAUUUGUGCAAUUUAAUAGAGUGAAAAUAAUUAAAUUACCCAAUAAGAAAGUUUUUUAGAAUAAAAUCAUAUGAGUUAAUCUUAUAUUUAAUAUUGCAGAGAGUAGAUCAAUGAUAUUUGUAUUAUUUGCGAUGAUCACUACUACUUAGAUGCAAGUAGGUCUAAAUGUGAGAGUAAAUGUGGAGAUAAUUCCAUUAAUGAUCUUGAGUAAUGUGAACAUAAUUUAAUCUAACAUAAUAUUAUAUGCUCAAACUGUUAAUUUUAAUGUAAAGAUAAUUGUUUUGAAUGCUUGUUUGGAUUGUGCCAAAUUUGUGAAUAGGAUUAUCUACUCAUUGUGUAAACUAAUGAAUGUCUUCUUAAAGCGAAGUGUGAUCCUAAAGAUGGUCUUUACUACAACAUUCUAAUAAAUUAAUGUUAUGAUGUAUGUGGAGAUGGGCUAAAAUCUAUAUAUGAGGAUUGUGAAGACGGUAAUUUUGAUCCAUAUGAUGGAUGUUUUGAAUGUAAAUAUUCUUGUAAUCCUCUUUGCCCAUAAUGUAUAGCUGGAGUUUGUACCGAUGAUGGUACUGCAUGCUAGAAAGGCUAUUAUUUCGAUUAAUAAAAUGGAUCCUGUUUUAGUGCUUGUGGUGAUGGAAUAAAGGCAGUUCCAGAUGAAGAAUGUGAUGUUCUAAAUACUAAAAAGUGUUUAGAUUGUAAAUUAACCAUAGAUAAGAAUUGCAUGACUUUAGAUGAAAAUAACUAAUGCCUGGUUUGCUUCGAAGGUUAUUAAUUAUAGGAUGAAUUAUGUGAACCUAAAUCAAAAUAAACAUGUGAUAACCAAACUUGUAUGAAUUGCGAAAAUAAUAUUUGCAUCCAAUAAUUUAAAGAUUCUAAUAAUAAUACGAAUAAUAAUACAAACUAUAUUAAUAAUAAUAAUCCUGUUGAAAAUUUAAUCCAAGCUAAUUGUGGAGAUGGUGAUAUUAAUUAAAAUGAAUUAUGUGAUGAUGGCAAUUUAAUUGAUGGGGAUGGAUGUGAUUCAGAUUGCUAACCAUCAAAAAAUAGCAUUUGCUUUUUGAAUGAAUGCAUUUAAAUCUUUCAUCCUGUCCCUUAAUUAAAGUUUGUAAAAUCAGUUGAGAAUUGCUAAAUUCUUUCUUUAAAUUAUGAUUAAAAGAUGAGACUUUCUCCUAAUAGUACAUUAGAAUAAUAUUUAAACUCAUUAACUGGUUAUGUUGUAAACACUAAAGUAAAUGUUACAAUUGAAGCAAAUCUUAGACAGUCUUAAGAUUUAGACAAUGUAGAAAUUAUAAUAAAAAUUUUUUAUUUAGAAAGAACUGUUGAUCCGAUCUUCAUUCUAAAUUUUAAUGAUCUAAGCAUCAUCAUAAAUGAAUAAGAAUUAGAAUAAGAAUAUCAACAAAUAUAGAUAUAAUUAACAUCUCCUAAUCUUUUAUCAAUUCAAGAAUAAAAGACUACCGGGUCUAUCAUUUUAUUUAGUGAAUAUCAAAUGUAAAUUAUAGCUGGAUUAGUACUGGUCUCUUCUUUAAGUGGAAAAUUUUAGAUCAUAGAAAAUUAAAUAGAAAUGAUGUAAAUGCUAUAUUAUUACAAAUACAUUAAUAUUAUCAAAGGAUAAAAUUUGCUAAAGUUUUUUGACACAUUUAAAAUAAUUUAAUUAGCAAACUUUUAUGAGUUUAUUGGAUUUUACCCAUAAACCUAUAUUUUUUUCAAUAUAACUUAGGAAAAUUCAUAAUCAAUCUUUUAAGAUGAUGGAAGAGGCUCAAAUUUUUUGAGUGCAUUUUUAGAAGUCUUCUCAAUUUUUUUCUUAGCCUAUUCCAGCCAUUUAUUUUCAAAGAUAAUAAUUAAAAAACUCAUAAAUUAUAUUUCAGAAUAUAAAACUGAAACGCUAAAACUUUAUUAAUUAAAAUUUUUAAAGCGUUUGGCAAAAGUCUGCAAGAAACAUAAUGGAAAUCAGUUUAAAGUAUAAUUUAAAAUAAUAUUCUAAUCUCUUAUAUAUGAAUAUGUUAUAAACAUGAUGUUAUCAUUUCAAUAUUAAAAUAACUACAAUUUUUAAGGAAUUAUAAGUUUGACCCUAAAAAUCAUUUUAUUAAUCUUUACAAUAUACUAUCUAAUCAACAAAUAGAAUCAUAGGUUUAGCGAAUUUUAGUAUACUUAUAGUUGUAUCUAAAAGAUAAUUUUUAGAAUAAUUUUAGUAGGAUGUUUUGAAUGUCCAAUUAUUUAAAUAUAGCUUUGCGCUAUCAAUGAACUAUGUUAUUUUUCAUUUCUUUUUCUGAAACGAAAUAAAUUAGAAAAACUGGAUGGUUAUAAGAAAUAAUUUAAGCAUUUAACAUUUUUCUUAAUGAAUCUUAUUUAUAUAUUUCAUGAAUUUUCUAAAAAAAGUCCUUAAAACUUGGUUACUCUCGGAUGGAUCUAAAUUGGAAUUAUGAGUUUAAAUUUAAGCCUUACUUUGAUUUUAGAUAUAUACGUCUUAUUAAAGCCAGCUUUUUUAAAAAUUGUUCAAACUUGCUUUCAAAAAUUUUGUUAUUAGUAAACGAACAGAUUUGCAAAUCAUCAACUUUUCGAUUUAGGGGAUUCAAACAUCAAGCAACCAGCAAUACAAAGAGUGUAUUAUAAAUGA